AUAUAGCAUACACAAGGCACCCGUCUUAUACGAUACGCAGUAUAUGUAGAAUGGAGGUGUAUACUAUCUGGUUGCUGGAAGUUUUGUGUCUCUUAUCAACUUCGACGAUUGUCAACACAUCAGUUAACACCAGUCGUAAUCCAAGUGUCAAGCACACCACUCAAAGUUCAAACUACAAAGAUGCAUACGCUGGUAAGGCAGUAGAUGGCUGUACAACACAAACAUUCAGCAACAGUUGUUGUUCACAUACACAGGGAGGUCAAAACGAAGCGUGGUGGCAAGUCAAUCUAGAGGGACUAAUCGUUUUGGAAUACGUCAAAAUAUACUACAGAAAUGACAGUUAUCAGCAAAAACAACGAUUUGGUGGCUUUCAAGUAUACCAGUCGAAUACGUCGGAGUGGCGGAACGGUUACCUUUGCCAUAAAGACACAACAUCAACGGCGGCUGCGUUGUCAUUGACUCUCAAGAUCCCAUGUACAGGUAGCGCCCAGUACCUGACGAUAUACAGCGACAGACGGUCACCAGGUCUAACGUGGUACUUUGGUAACGCUAUUCUGGAGCUUUGUGAGGUAGAAGUGUACGGUUGUCCACUUGGGAAAAAUGGUGAUGGUAAUUGUGAUUCAGAUUGUGAUGUAGGGUGUGCCAAUAGCCUGUGUGAUCCAGUGACCGGACAAUGUGCAUACUGUGCUGAUGGAUACUUUCGGCCAGGAUCUUUAUGCAUAGAAUGCCCUUCAAACUGUUAUGAUAACGUAUGCAAUGUAGAAUCCGGUGUUUGUUCCGCGUGUACUCCCGGGUAUUAUGGCAGCCAUUGUAAUCAGACCUGUCUGUUCAACUGUAAAGACAACCGAUGUAUGCAAAGCAAUGGAGAGUGUGAAGACUGUGAGGAUGGAUUCUUCGGAUCGUCCUGUGAUAACUGCUCUGUUGGUUGUACCAAUCGUUCCUGUGACAAAAUAUCCGGAAAUUGUAGUCCUUGUACUCCCGGGUAUUAUGGCAGCCAUUGUAAUCAGACUUGUUUGUUCAACUGUAAAGACAACCGAUGUAUGCAAAUCAAUGGAGAGUGUGAAGCUUGCUUGAACGGCUUCUAUGGGAUGAAGUGUGAUCGGUUAUGUUCCUCUAGAUGUGAAAACAACAUAUGCACACAAUAUGAAAGGAAAUGUACAGCAUGCAAACCUGGAUAUUAUGGUGAUAUCUGCAAGACAAGCUGCCCGUCCAAUUGCAAAGGGGAUAGAUGUAAUCAGACCAGUGGGUUAUGUACAGAAUGUGGACCCGGAUUGUAUGGCAUUGACUGUAAGCAGACUUGUCCGGUACACUGUCGAGACUCACUAUGUGCCAGAAGUAGCGGAGAUUGUCCAGCAUGUGAACCUGGUACCUUUGGACAAAAUUGUAAUAUGUCCUGUUCUGGUCAUUGUAACAAUGAUGAAUGCCAACGGAACAACGGAACGUGUAUAGUGUGUGUAGCCGGAUUUUAUGGCAGCAACUGUUUGAAGUCGUGUGGCAAUUGUCAAGGUGUGAGUUGUGACAAGGGUACUGGAGACUGUACGACAGGGUGUACAGAUGGAUGGACUGGAAACAAAUGUGACAACAAGGUGGUAAUCAUAACGAAUGGGGACUCCGCAGUGGGGAUAGGCAUCGGAUGCGGAGUGGUUAUACUGGCUCUGGUCAUAGUGAUAAUUGUACUGGUCAGACGUCUGACGAAAAAGCACAGUGAUAUCACAGGGCCUGCUCAUAUGACAGAUAUAUCAUUGUCGAAAACUGCAAAAGAGCUCAAACAAAAGCAAGAUAAUACCUACGACGAAAUAGCAACUUACAACAAGGAACAAACCAUUGCGCAGAUUUUACACAAUGAGGCAACUUAUGAACAGCUUGGACGCAGGGAGGUGGGAAUUCCACAUAUAUACGAAACAACAAAUACUGACAAGAAAACAUAGGAAAAUGGUUCCUGAAAGCUGCACAGAUUCAUCCUUGAACUCAACGUACCCAUGUUCCUGUAACUAAAUUACACUCAUAUAAAAUUUGUUUGAUUAACUAGUGUCAAAACUAAACAGAAAAGUACGUAGGUGAUGAACAUCGACAGUGCUGUGGAUUAAUUGUGUUCAGUUGUCAAAUCUUGUGUGCUUUUUACAUUGCCACAAUAUCUGAAUGUCAGUUUUGUGAACCCAAGCAUGUAUCGUAUAUGCUCUCAUUGUUAAGGUAAAGUAUAUGUUCAUAGUGGAUUAAUAUAUCUUUGUUCUGUACAGAAGUUCAUAUAUUUUGUAUAAAGUUAUUAUUUAUCGCAGUUAACCAUCGCAAUCACUCUAUACAAUUUGUCGUUUUUAAUCCAAGAAGGUGUUUUGGUGGAUGAAUGUUUUGUGGGGAUAAGUAUAAGUAGCUUUAAUCAAAUUUUCAAGUAGUGUUAGAUUACCACACAGUUGGCAUCUGGUUGACAAGUAAUAAGGUUGAUAAUUUAUAGGAAGCAUAUACAAUUAACCGAAUACGAAUAUAUCUUUAACUUUAUGGUUUGAUUAAACGCAAAGGUGCAUG